AACAAUGAAAAUUUACAAACAUUGUGGCUUCCUCAAAUAAUCUGUAAUAAGUUAAACUUGUUGCAUAUAAACUUACAAACUACAAAGUGUUCCACCAAUUAUCCUUGCACCAUAAAAUUUACCUAUGAAAUAUUUUAGAUGUGUUGGUUUUUCUUCUUUGGUAUAUAUUCGUAUGUAAUGUAAGCUGUCAUUUUGCAUAAUAUGGUGAUUCUCUAUGACACAAACAGUAAAAAAAACUACCUUUAUUUAGAUUGUCACUGUUCCUUGAUAUUAAUACAAAUUAUGUGUGUUUGACUAGAGAAUUAAUGUCGAAAAUGACACAAACGCUUUCUUGUGGAAAAGACAGUACCUUGUGGAGAACAUGCAACAAAAUUCGAGCUGCCAUUUUUCAUGAAAACAUUUGUUUAUGGGAUUACUACAAACCUAUAGAUAUUCAGAAAAAUGGACUUAUUUCAGAGUCGAAGUUUGUCUCAGUGCUGAACGGCCCUUUGAAACAGUGCAUUGGUCUGUCCGAUCACGAAAUCGCAGAACUUGCAGACUUCUUCAGAGUUCCUGAUGGCAGGAUAUACUACAAACAAUUCUGUGAAGUUCUGCAAUGCAGCGUGCCAGAGUUUCAGCAAAACCCCCCUCUGGUUUCGGGGCUGGAGUGGGAGGACCCUUUCCACACAAACAGGCUGAGCAUGUCGGAGGAGCGGAGGUUACAGCUCAUGCUAUGCAAGAUUGCCACUCUCGUCAACGUGAGAAGGCUCGUGAUCAGACCCUACUUUCAAGACUACGAGCUGAUUGCAAAAAAUGGAGGCACCGUAACCAUUGGCCAUUUUGCUCGUGUGCUCAGUUUCCUCGGAAUUCUUUUAUCGGCUGAAGACUUUCAGCUGCUCCUCAAGAAAUUUCUGAAAGACAGCUACACAGUAAACUAUGUAGCUUUCGUGGCUGCUCUAGAUGAUGUCAUCAAAUAUCUAGACAAACAUGAAAUGUUAGACCUUGGAGGAGACCUGCUGGCACAGUUCCCGGGCAGGGCGAUCAUCGCCGAGCUCCCCAAGCUGCCGCGGCCGGAGAUCGGCACCGUCCCGGUCGCAGAGAUCUUCGGGGAGCAGAGCGCCUUCCACCCGGUUUUGCGCCCGCCCGUGAGGGGCGAGGACCUGCGGAGGGUCAUGCUGCGAGUGCAGCGGCACGUCCUCGCCAACCGGGUACGGACGGCGGACUUCUUCAAGGAAUUUGACCCUUUCAACAGUGGCCGUAUAACGGCAUCGCAGUUCCGCAGGGGCCUGGACCAACUGGGCAUCAGCGGGAUCAACCGCCUGUACCUGUCCGACAUGGAGAUCGACAUGAUACUGACGGUGUAUCGGGAUCCCAACGAUAAUGCCAGGAUGUGCUGGAAGAGGUUCCAAGACGACGUGGACCAGGUGUUCACUGUGAAGAACUUGGAGAAGAUGCCGGACCACAGGGUGGUGGCUCCACCCCCGCAGGUGCUGGAGCUGCCCCGGAGAGGGGCCGUCUCUUGGCACACGACGGGGGCAGAAGUCAGGGACCUGUGCGAGCACGUGCUGCAGCAGAUCAAGUACAAGGUGGCGGGCAGGAGGAUCCUGCUGCAGCCUUGCUUCCACGACUAUGAUCGUCCCAACAACGGCCACGUGAGCCGCGCACAGUUCCGGCAGUGCCUGGCCGCCCACGGCCUGCUGUGCUCCCCCGAGGAGCUGUACGCCCUGGAGCAGCGCUACUGCAGCGACGUGGGCUUCAACUACGCCUGGUUCCUCACCGAGCUCGAGCCCGCCAGGACGGACCACCUGCAGUGUGGUGAUGUCCCAGUCACAGAAGAGUCAAAAUGCAAACCUCCGAAACACAAGGAACAAGACAAAGAGAAGAACAUUGUGGAAAUCCUUGCUAAAAUAAAAAGACAGAUUGUUUGUCGUGGAAUUCGAGCUGUGGAGUUCAUGAGAGAUUUUGACGUUCACAAUCAACAGUGCAUAUCUCGUGAAAAUUUUUGGAGGGGCCUUGACAAUUGUGGAUUCCAGCUCACACCUACAGAAACUGAAACUAUAAUGGAUGUGUUCGCCAGCCCGCUGCGGAGGGACGCGGUGGACUACGCCCGGUUCCGCGACGCGGUCGAGGAGGCAGUGUCGCAGUGCUGCCUGCACCGGGCCCCGCUCCUCGUGCCCUUGCAGCACCUGCCGCCUCGCGACGGCGACCACAACCUCCUGGACUACGAGGAGCGGCAGGCGGUGUCCCGCGCCCUCCAGAAGCUCGCCCGCGCCGUCCGGGAGAGAGGAGACGCCAACCUGCUGCCGAUCUUCCAGGACUAUGACCGCAGCAACUGCGGUUCCGUGUCGCGAGACUGCCUCGCUAGGGCGCUCGCCGUGAGGAACCUGUCCACGACCGUCACCGAGGAGGAGCUGCAAGUCCUCGCCAAGUGCUUCGCCACCGAGCGGGGCAUGAGGCACGAGUUCAACUACAGGGAGUUCUGCCACACACUGGACCUCCUAGACACCGCCACCAUCAACAAACCAUUCUGAGUACCUGCUCCCACCCCGGGGUUGUUCACGUUUCCCGUCCGUAGUUCUCUAAAUCUGUUGGGUUACGAAUCAUUUACAAUAAAAUAGUAAAAUAUCUAAAAAAAAAAAAAA